GGCUGCUUCUAUUCUUCAUGCCUCCUAAGCAUCAACCGGACUACAUCUACCUGCGCCAGGUCGGCUUGAGGAGGGUCCACAUAUUCACUUUCAUCCAGCUGUCCUGCCUCGUCAUACUCUGGGUCAUCAAGUCCACUGAUGCAGCACUUGUAUUCCCUAUUAUGGUAUUAGCUGUUGCAGUCGUACGCAAGUUGAUGGACAAGCUGUUCACUCAGCGAGAGCUGGAGAUGUUGGACGAUGUGAUGCCUGAGAUCGUCAAACGAGCAAAACAAGACCAGAAGAAAAUGGCAGAGGAAGAAGCAAUCGUAGCUGGGGACACCAUAGUAGGAGGUCGCGUCCAACUCCCACUGGCAGGAGGAAACGUACUGACGAUACCCGUAGACAAGCUGGACUUCAAUCCCGACUCAAGAACAAUCAAUAUCUCGGAGGAGAUGUCCAAGACGGGCAUCUGGAAGACCCUCGCGGCGAACGCCAACGACUCAAAAUUGUGCCAAUCCACACCAAAGAGACGAACCGGAAGAGAUGAAUCAGACGCCAAGCAGAGGAUGCAUGACAUGCCACUUAAACAGGAGAAAUUCAGCCCCGAUAUGGACAAACUACCCACCAUAGAUGACGAAGAAGCCGCUUCGAUUCCAUAUAGGCAACCCAGCGGGAGUAUAUCCGGGGAAAUCAGCAUCAAUGUUCCCAAGUUCACCAUCGGUGGUGAGGGUGAAACACCGGUAUAAUCACAGGGAAAUCACCACAGUGUCAUUUGGAUCACCAUCAGCGGUGAAAGGGAAUCACCAGUCUAGUCACUCUGAUCACCUUUACAGAAAUCAUUAUCAGCGCACACAGAUCACCAUCAGUGGUGAGUGUGAAUCACGAAUUAGUGGAACCCGGAGAAAUCACCAAGUGUCAUUUGGAUCACCAUCAGUGGUGAUAGAGAAUCACCAGUUUAGUCAGAUGGUGAGUGUGAAUCACUAGUGGAACCCGUUGAAGUCACCAGCAGGUGUCACAAAUCACCAUCAGUGGAUAUCGUGAAUCACCAGUCUACUUCAGAAAUCAUCUUCACUGUCACUCAGAUCAUCCGUGGUAAUAGUGAAUUACCAGUUGAGUCAUAGGGAAACCACCAUUGGCGUCACUUAAGAUCAUCAGUAGUGAUAUUAAAUCACUGGUUAAAUCAUAGGGGAAUCACCAUCAGUGGUGAUCGUGAAUCACCAGUCUACUUCAAAAAUCAUCUUCACUGUCACUCAGAUCAUCUAUGGUAAUAGUGAAUCACCAGUUGAGCUAUGGGGAAAUCACCAUAUUGGCUUCACUCAAAAUCAUCAGUGAGUGGUGAUCCUAAAUCACCGGUUAAAUCAGACGGAAAUCACCAUCUAUGUAAAUUGGAUCACCGUCAGUGGUGAUCGUGAAUCACCAGUCUGCUUAAAAAAUCAACUACACUAUCACUAGUGAACAACCAGUUGAAUCGGGGUAAUUCUUAAAAAAAAAAAAAAGCAAUGUUGUACCAUCCCUUGAUAGUGUACAGAAACUUUGUAUUUAUAGAUUAAUAUAAAUAAAGAAAAUGCAAUGUACCAUCCACUUGUGUAAAAAAGAUUUUUCCCUCCUUUGAAUAUAUUAAGCAUUUCAUCUGUGAUAGACUAAAAGGCAUGCUCUGUUUUAGGGGUUUGUGGAGCCCAAGAGUGCAAGAUGGGAAGUCCCCCCCCCCCCCUGUAAA